AUUCCAGCUGACCCCACGCACGACCCCAUCCCCGCCUUCAAUCGGCGUGUCUAGCUGACGUCAUUGUUAUUGAGGCAGUGUAGCUCUGCCCAUCGCGAGGACAACGUUUUCCAUCACAGAUCUGAUUCCUACUACAGAACCAGGACUGUUUAAGCACUGUACCUGUGCGUCUAUCAGCCCCUAUGGUGCUGCGAGUAAAUGCGCUUACGACGAAGUGACUGACUUCCUGCUUAAACCUGUUUCGAGGAAAGCCUGUGGAUGGUCCGAAGUGACUGACUGACUGACUGACUGCCUGCUUAAACCUGCUUCGAGGAAAGCCUGUGGAUGGUCCUAUCCGCUGGGGUUCAACGCGCUAACAUGUCAAGGUACCAGAGGACCCCCUUGAAAAACACCGACAAUGUGGUAGAGGUCAAGAGCAAAUUUGAGGCGGAGUACAGACGUUUCGCUUUGAAGAAGAGCAGCACCUGUGGCUUUCAAGAGUUUUACCGGCUGCUGCAGACGGUUCACCACAUCCCCGGUGUGGAAGUGCUGCUGGGAUAUGCUGACAUCCAGGGUGACCUGCUGCCAAUCAACAACGAUGACAACUUCUACAAAGCCCUGUCCUCAGCCAACCCACUGCUCAGGAUCAUCAUCCAGAAGAGAGAUGUGGAUGAGCCUGUGGUCUUUGCCACCAACUCCCUGCAGAGGAGGAAAAAAGGCCUGGCAGGGUUGCGCCCGGCUCAGCAGAAGACCAAACCAGGCCUGAUGAUUGGCCUUCCCCAGGACUUCCGCCAGAUCUCCUCCAUCAUCGAUGUCGACAUCCUGCCCGAGACACACCGGCGUGUCCGCCUGCACAAGCACGGUACCCACAAGCCCCUGGGUUUCUAUAUUCGGGACGGGGUGAGCAUGCGGGUCACACCUCAGGGUGUGGAGAAGGUGCCUGGUGUCUUCAUCUCGCGGCUGGUGCGUGGAGGCCUGGCUGAGAGCACAGGACUGCUGGGGGUCAACGAUGAGAUCCUUGAGGUCAACGGCAUUGAUGUGGCCGGCAAAUCUUUGGACCAGGUGACAGACAUGAUGGUGGCCAACAGCCACAACCUGAUCGUGACGGUGAAGCCGGCCAACCAGCGCAACAACGUGGUGCCCCGGGCAAGCAAGGUCUCGGCAGGGGGGAACAGCUCCUCUGGAUCUGUAGGCUCUGCAUUCUCCCACGACUCAGCCCCCAGCACUGCCUCUCAGAGUGUCAGUCACCAUAGCAACAGUAACAGCGUGGCGGAGGGCGACAGCGAUGAGGACGGAGACCUUAUCAUUGAGACUGACAGCCUGCCACCUUACCUGCCCCAUCGCUGUGUGUCCAACGGUAACGGCAGCCACAGAGAGUCUCCAUUGACCUCGUCACUAGGGCAACGGCCCCUCCCCCAGAGCAUGUCCCUGCCCAGCUGCGGCUCUCUGUCAGACAGCAAGGCCUCCCUGAGCUCCCUGACCACUCCUACACACAACGGCAGCCCCACCAAGACCAGCAGCAGCCAGGAGAGCAUGAGAGAGGAUGGAAACAUCAUCACACUGUAAAACCUGGACAUUAAUAACAGAAGACAAAACAUGCACAAUUGGAGAAAA